AUGAGAGCAAUGCCAACAGGACCAGGGGUGGCACAGGAGGGAAGGGAUGGUGAGGAGGGGAUGGAGGAGGGGAUACAGCAAGGCAUGGAGCAUGGGGAUCAUGACGGGGAAGGUGCCACCAGUUACCAUGCCAGCCAUCCUGCAGCUGCAGCGUUAGCCGUGGGAGUGCCUUCAGCUGCGCCCAGUCAUGCUGCAGUUCCUCUUGCUGCUCCUCCUCCUGCCCCGCUUGCUCCUCCUACUGCCGAACCUUUUUCUGAUCCUCCUGCUGCUACAGCCGUUCGUGCCGCGCCUGCCAUAGUUCCUCGUGCUACGGUCAUUGCUGAUCCAACGUUGUCCUCUCAAGCCCGUCGUGCUGCUUCACAAACUAACCAGCGGUGUGUUUCCGCCUUCCCAGGUAACCUACAGUUUCCAAUGGAAGAGUGGGAGGGAAGGGAAGGUUUUAUGGGCGGGCGAUGA